CCCCCUCCUCAAUACCGAUCAGUCGAGAGAUCAAUUAUUACCUACACAAUCAAUUAGCGAUUGCUUCUUUGGAGGUUUCCACACCAAUCUCCUGCACUUAAUCUUCCUUAUAUUGUUCGUGCAUAUAUAUAUAUAUAUACACCAUGGUCAUUCACCAGCCAUCGUCGACGUUGGCUUUUGCUUUUGGCCUUAUGGGUAACAUUAUUUCCUUCAUAACCUUCCUGGCUCCGCUGCCAACAUUCUAUCAGAUCUACAAGAGAAAGUCAACGGAAGGGUUUCAAUCUAUUCCGUACUCGGUUUCCCUGCUGAGCGCGACGCUUCUGGUAUAUUACGGACUGCUGAAAAAGGAUACCCUCAUUAUCACCAUUAAUGCUUUUGGAUGCUUGAUAGAGACUGCAUAUGUUGCUGCUUACCUUCUCUAUGCAUCAAAGAAGGCUAGGAUGCUGACGUUGAAGCUUCUGGUGGGGAUGAACGUAUUGGGUUAUGGAGCGGUGCUGCUGGGGACAAUGUUCCUAGCACGAGGUUCCCCGGAAAACCGAGCUCAUAUUCUCGGUUGGAUUUGCAUGGCAUUCUCCCUCAGUGUUUUCGCAGCUCCACUCUGCAUCAUGAGGAAAGUAAUUAGAACGAAAAGUGUGGAGUACGUGCCAUUUUCUCUGUCACUGUUUCUCACGCUUGGGGCGGUCGUUUGGUUCUUCUAUGGCUUUGUCAAGGCCGACUACUUCAUUGCCGUACCCAAUGUGUUGGGAUUUAUUUUUGGGGUGGUCCAGAUGGCACUCUACUUCAUGUACAGGAACGCAAAGAAACUCAUCCAAGAGGUAAAGCCCGUGGCUACCGACGGUAACCUGCAUCAGCUGAAGGAGCAGAUGAUAGAUGUGGUGAAACUGAGUGCACUCGUGUGCCCGGAGCUUAACCCAGUGCUCAAAGAUAUCACCAAUAGUGUCACGACUGUCAAUAAUGAAUUGGAAGAUGACCAUCAUCCUCAAGCACUUGCUCUAACUGACCAGGAAACGCUGCCCAAAGAAACUGAAAUAUGUGCUUACACUGACGAUUCCCCAUUGUCCAACAAUAUUCAUAUGAUCAAAGUUCAAGUGAUCACAUGACGAGUGUACGUCUACGUACGUAUAUAUUCCAAUUAGACGUGGAGAUAGCACUUACUAUGUGGGUAAUUAGGUUAUUUUGAAGUCUUGAUUAAGUUCGGCUCCAAUUUAACUAAUUUCAUGUGUAUGUGUGCGUAGUCAUCAAAGCUGGCUUCAAUGUCACGCACACGAACACAUAUAUACAUAUAUUUUUGUAAUUUGAAACCUUAAUGUCUCUCUUCCUAACUUUGUUAAUUGGCUUCUUAAUUAUGUAGCAAGCUAGCUUAUAAUCUGUAAUUGUAGUUAUGUCAA